UGUGUCAUUCGCGGAGCAGCAGUUGGCGAGGAAGGACCAUCCGAGAGCAGAGAAAAGACCAAAAAAACCACCUCCAAAAAAGUCCAGUGGAGGACCGGCUGACCAACUGCUGCUAUCCUGGAUGCCAUGAAACCGAAGAAAUCGGCCUUCGCCAACUCAUCCACUGGAUACGGCAGGAACAAGCACGGCGGACACGGCAAGGGACACUCCCACGGCCAAGGACAUUCCGGCAAGGAUAAAGCCGAAGGCGGCGGCAAGGCCAAGACCCGAGAGCCAAAGGAUCAGCAUGAGCAGAAGGAGGAGGACAAGGACUUGAACUCCGGUUUCGGCGACUAUCUUCGCACACCGGAGGCAUUUGAGAUGAUGAAACUAUUCGUCUUCGCAAAUACAAUUAUGUUAAUUGUCACCAUGGCCUGGCCGCAUAUUAAGGAGCAAUUCUACAUGGUCAAUCAGUGGCUAGAAAGUUUCCGCGAAGAGCAUCAGCAGUAAAGCCUUAGAAUCUUUCAAACAAAUAAGUAAA